AACCUUUUUUUUGAAUUAUUAUUCCUAAAUCUUUCUUCAGACGAACCUCCUCAAGAAAUCUCAGAUAACAAAAAGGAAUUAAUUGAGUUGCAUAUUCCAUUUUCACCAAAAUGUCUCUGUCAAACAAGCUCUCCAUCACGGACGUUGACCUAAAGGGCAAGAGAGUGCUCAUUCGUGUCGACUUCAACGUCCCUCUCGAUGCUGAUAAGAAGGUUACAAACAACCAACGAAUUGCUGGUGCCGUCCCCACUAUCAAGUAUGCCAUCGACAACGGCGCCAAGGCUGUCGUAUUGAUGUCCCACCUUGGCCGUCCUGAUGGCAAGGUCAACCCCAAAUACAGCCUCAAGCCCGUUGUCCCCGAGCUCGAGAAGUUGCUGGGAGUGAGCGUCGAGUUCGCCCCAGACUCCGUCGGGCCUGAGGUCGAGGCUAUCGUGAACAAGGCAACCAACGGCCAAGUUGUUUUGCUAGAGAACCUGCGUUUCCACGCUGAGGAAGAGGGUUCUUCCAAGGAUGCUGAGGGAAAGAAGGUCAAGGCCGACAAGGCUAAAGUUGACGAAUUCCGCAAGGGAUUGACUGCCCUUGGUGAUGUCUACGUCAACGAUGCCUUCGGGACUGCCCACCGAGCACACUCUUCCAUGGUUGGUGUCGACCUCCCCCAAAAGGCUGCUGGUUUCCUCAUGAAGAAGGAACUGGACUACUUCGCACAGGCUCUUGAGUCUCCCAAGCGCCCCUUCCUCGCCAUCCUAGGUGGUGCCAAGGUGUCCGACAAGAUCCAGCUGAUCGACAACCUUCUAGAAAAGGUGAACAGCAUUAUUAUCUGCGGUGGAAUGGCCUUCACUUUCAAAAAGACUCUCGAGGGUGUCAGCAUCGGCAACUCUCUCUUCGACGAAGCCGGAUCCAAGAACGUGGCCAAGCUCAUCGAGAAGGCCAAGGCCAACAACGUCAAGGUCGUGCUCCCCGUCGACUACAUCACCGCCGACAAGUUCGACAAGGACGCCACCACCGGUACUGCCACCGACAAGGAGGGCAUCCCCGAUGGCUGGAUGGGUCUCGACUGCGGUCCCGAAUCCAUCAAACUGUACAAGGAGGCCAUCGACGCCGCCCAGACCAUCCUAUGGAACGGACCCCCCGGCGUCUUUGAGUUCGAGAAGUUCGCCAACGGCACCAAGGCCACGCUCGAUGCCUUCACUGCCGCUGUCGGCGCCGGCAAGAUUGGUAUCAUCGGUGGUGGUGAUACCGCGACCGUGGCCGCCAAGUACGGCGUCGAGAGCAAGUGCUCUCACGUGUCGACAGGUGGCGGCGCGUCCCUUGAGUUGCUCGAGGGCAAGGCGUUGCCGGGUGUGGUCGCCCUUAGCACGAAAUGAGGGUUAUUGGGGCCAUCGGUGCGGUUAUGAGGCAUCGGAUCACUUGGCUACCUACUAGUAGCUCCCUGGCUACCUU